AUGAGACCCUCGCACCUCCGCCUCUCCGCGGCCUCCGGCGCCCGGGCCCUGAAGAAGUUCCUGCUGCCCCUCCUGAUGGCGCAGCUCUGUGCUGCAGAGGUGGCUCUGCUCCCCAGAAACCACACCGGCACGGACCCAGCCACUUUCAGCGCCCCGUGCGCUCAUGGCUCGCAGGCCUGGCAGGUCUCUCUCUUCAACGGCCUCUCGUUCCACUGCGCAGGCGUCCUGGUGGACAAGAGCUGGGUGCUCACGGCUGCACACUGCCAGAACAGCGGGCCACUGUGGGCUCGGAUCGGGGAUGACCACCUGCUGCUUCUCCAGGGUGAGCAGCUCCGCCGGACUACUCGCUCCGUCAUCCACCCCAAGUACCAGCUGGGCUCAGGCCCCAUCCUUCCCAGGCGCACAGAUGAACAUGACCUCAUGAUGCUGAAGCUGGCCAGGCCCGCUGUGCUGGGGCCCCGAAUUCAGACCCUGCGCCUGCCCUACCAUUGUGCCCAGCCCGGAGACCAGUGUCAGGCUGCUGGCUGGGGAACCUCAACCGCCCGAAGAGUGAAGUACAACAAGGGCCUGAGCUGCUCCAGGGUCAGUGUUCUGAGCCCUAAGGAGUGUGAGGUCUUCUACCCUGGUGUGAUCACCAACAACAUGAUGUGUGCUGGACUGGAUAAUGGGCAAGACCCUUGCCAGAGCGACUCAGGUGGCCCUCUGGUUUGUGAUGAAACUCUGCAGGGCAUCCUUUCAUGGGGUGUUUACCCCUGUGGCUCUGCCCCGCAUCCAGCCAUCUACACCCAGAUCUGCAAAUAUGUCCCCUGGAUACAGAAAACCAUGAGUUCCAAAUGACCCAGAUGCCUAGUGCUUUCUUUACCACCUAUCCUGUUCCUCUGACUCCUGCCCUUCCUCACCUGUUAACAUCUCUCUUGUCCACUCAUUUCCUUUCCCCCUCCCGAUUCUCUGUCUACACUGUGCAGAAAAGUGGUGGUAAAAUUUUGUUCCAGAGAAGAAAGAAAGCUCAUCACCCAGUCUCCAAGAAAACU